CAGCUUCAACAAGAACUGACUGACACCCGAAAGAAAGUGUCCAUGUUGGAAGCGUCCCUGGAGGUGACAGCACAUCAUAAGACUAAUUCAGAAAACAAGAGACGGGAUGGAGAGAGGAAGUCACAUCAAACUGCGAAUCCAAAUGCUGAUCUUCCAGCAAAAGAGGAGUCUACAUCUUCAGUAGUUCUCCAUCUGAGUGCAGAAACUCAGCUUCUUCUAAAGGAGUUAUUACCCUAUUACCUGUGAAAGAGAUGCAAAGGAAAUGUGAAGCACUAGAGGAGGAGAAGAAGAAGUUGGAGGAAGAAGCAGUAAACCUGAGACGUCACCUCGAAAUGAACCCAGUGGAACGCAGCCAAGUGGAGCAUUACAAACGGGAGCCUGGAGAGCAAGCAAGACGGGAUGCAGUAGAAGCACUGAAAGAACUCAGGCGAGCUGUGCAGCACAGACAGGAAACUGAAGAACAAGCAAGACAUGAUGUAGUAGAGAAACUAAAAGAAAUCAGCCAGUUUUUACAGGCACAAGCAGGAUUUCAAGAAAACGUGUUGACAGAGUAUAAGCGUGCUUCAGUUAGUCAAACGGAACCCAGAGUUAAAGAUCUGGAGCCUGAACUUAAAAGCGAUUCUAAUGAAAACAAAUUGGAAAAAUACAAACAACUGUACCUGCAAGAGCUAGAAAAUAGAAAGUCUUUGGCAAGUGAACUUAGCUCGGUUAAUGAGAGGCUGGCCGAGGUGAGCACUAAGCUUCUGCUGGAGAGACAGCACAAGAGCUCUUUCCCUGGCUUUGUUCCUGCAAGGCCUGUUGGCGCACCUCCUUCUGCUUCUGGUACUAGCGUGGAGGCCAAAAGGAGUCCUACUCGAAGAAGGCGCUUCAGGACUUUUUCCGACCCUUCAACUAACUUGAGCGUUCCCUUGUUCCGGACAGUCUUACUUCUGAAGACAAACAUCCUGAAGGAUUUGCCUGCUUCCCCACCAGCAGUCUGUCCCCACCCACGCUGGUGUGUCUUCGCUUCCUCUAUUCCCACGCAGCAAGUCACUCGUGACUCCCACGUCUAAACCAAGGUGACACCUUUCCGGCCCUUGUCUAACUGAACUUCUCAUUCCUCCGGGCAUUCCAUGUAGCUGAUCUCUGUAACUGACUGCUGCCUGCAGCUUCCUCUUUAGUCUUCAGCUGAAGAGGAUGUUGAAGGUGAGGGCUGCAGCCUUCUUGGUGAGUUCACUCAGUUUACCCUGGCUGUCUCCCAAGGAAGUACACGUGUUAUUCAAUUUUUAUUUUUCUCCUGUUAGUCUGCCUCAUGUCAGGUUAAUUCUUAGACCAGCCAGAUGAGUCUAGAAGGGUGGAGGACCGCUCCCCGCCCCCACCCUAACUCAAGCCUGAGCACAGGUAGCUGUGCUCAUUCUCAGCUGGCGUGGGCGCUGCCGCGCCUGCAGGGAAGAGGUCGAUGGCAAACUCUGCUAUUCCUCCAGCACUAGCCAGUGAGCUGAAGCUCACCUGAAUGUCCUCCAGGCUGAGCUGGGGUCACUGCUCCCGGCAGCAGAAGACUGCCUUUGUGAAAGGAAAACAAAAACGGAGUCUGCAUUGCUCGAGAGGGCUCACGAAGGAGGUGAGAGUUACGCACAUCUCAGCCCACAGAGAACCCGGCCCUGUGAGCAUUUAUUGCCCGAAUGAAGUCAUCCGGAACACCUGCCAGAAACUUCAGCUUCACUCCUGCUCUGCUCUCUCAAGACGGCCCUACAGUCCUGAGAUGCUCUGCCCCCUUCCCAUCCCCACACCGUCUCAUACCUCAGGUCUCAGUGCACCACCACUGUUUUAUUUUCCUCUGUUUUCUCUUUGGCUUUUUUAGUUAUUUGCCUUUUUAUUGAUGUAUAUAAUCAGUCAAGAUGUGUCUGUUUUUGGUGUACAGAAAUGGAAUUGACCUUAAUCUACUAACAAAGAAUGUCAAACAGUUUGCGUUAAAUGUUCAUGUUUACUUGUAUUAACCAAAGUUUUGCAGCCGAGCUGUACUCUGCUCAGGACUAAAGUGCUGUUGAAUUGUUUCAUUAGUGCUGUGCAUACGCUCUGAUGGGAAAGUUUUUGAUGUCCUAACAGAAAUACAUUAUGAUCUAUUUUCCUAUGGAGUUGUUUCUAUUAUCACCUUUUAUUUUCACUUUUAUUUAACAGCAGUACCUCUUUUCCUUUUAAUCCAAUUUUAUAUGCUGCUAAAUAUAUUUUAAGUAUAGUGUGUUUGCAAACCUUGGUAGCCAUGAUGAGAACUUUAUCAUGUGUAGUAGGAAAAGCUAUGAAAACAGGUAGAUUGUAAACAGAAAAUAUUAUGUUGUAACUGUAUGAAUUUUUAACUGCUGUAGACUGGAUUUUGGAAAAGAAUGUAAAAUUUAUCCUCUCAGAAUAAUUAAUUUGUAAAUUCUGGAAGUUCAAUUUUUAUGUGGAUGGUAUGACACUUGAAAAUACUGUCUUGGGGUUUUUCCCUGAAAAUACCCAGAUGUGGCACCAGUUGCAGCAGGGGCACCAGAGUCAGCAGGGACAGCAGAGGCACCAGAGGCGGAGGAGAGAGGAGGAGGAGGAGGACCCGGAGCAUCGGCGGCGGCAGGAGGAGGAGGAGGAGGACCCGGAGCGCCAGCGGCGGCGGCGGCAAGAAGGGGGGCGGCAGCUCAGCAGGAGGAGAAGACCCGGUAGGUAUUCACGCUCCGCGGAGCUGAGCCAGACGCGUCUUCUUACACACAGGUUGCCACUUCCCGGGCUUGAGAGUGAGCGUGGUGUCGGCGGAGGGAGAUGGCCUGGGAGCGCAUUAUUUCAUAUUUAUGUUAGUUGUGUGGGUCCAGAGUGAAGAUAUAAAAUCCAUAAUUUAGUACAGGUUUUGGAUAAAAAAUAGUGAAAAAUCCUGAGCUAAAGGGUCACACUCAGAGAAUGCCAUCAAUGUACCACUGUCUGCUGGAGGUGGAGACCCACGGGAGAGUCCACUGGGGUCAGCGCUGGGUGCCAGGGGUGUUUCAGCAUCUUGUCUAUGUCCCAGGUUAUGAAAAGCAGAGCACUGAUGAUGUCCAAUAGGGAGAUGACCAAGUACCAGAACCUGCAAAUAGAGAAUUGAGGUUUCAUAUUGCCUUUCAACACUGAAAACCUGAGCCAAGUACAGUAUUUUUUUCAAGUUUUGGCUACAUAUUCAGAAAGAUAUGAGCCUUAUACUUUUUGCUUAUCUAAAAAUAAGGCAGGAUUUCAUAGGAUUUGCAACUGGGUUAAGACAAACUUUAGGGACAUUAAAAGUGUUGUCUAGGUUACUUAUGUUUUCAUGGGAAAAUGUUAAGUGUAUACAGACUUUCACAUUAAAUUUUUUCCUGGAACAUGUACUUGGAAUAAUAAGCAAUUAUAUUCUGAUCUCAAUACCAUGUACUAUUUAUAGGUAGAGCUCUGGAAAUUUAAAAAAUCAUAACAAACUCCCAACAGAUACUCAUUUUGUAUGACAUUGGGGUUGUAACAUGUGAAUGAUUGCAUAGAAGAAAGAAACCCUCCAGCAAACUUUCCUGAAAUUGUGUGGGUGAUGGAACAGAAAACAUAAUAAAUAUAGAAAAAAAGUGAAAA